UAGCGUCACGCGCGGGGAUCUGCUGCAGGACUCGAGCGUUUGAACAUGUCGCGUCUGAAGGGAAGCGGGGACCGGGAUCCCCGAAUGGGCUUUAGAACUGAAAGGAGAGACUGCGCUGCCUCAGUACCCCAGGGGCUGUUAAAGGCGGCGAGGAAGAGCGGUCAGUUAAACCUGUCGGGUCGGAACCUCAGCGAAGUGCCUCAGUGUGUCUGGAGAAUAAAUGUGGAUAUUCCUGAGGAAGCUAAUCAGAAUCUUUCAUUCAGUGCUACUGAGCGAUGGUGGGAGCAGACGGACUUGACCAAAUUAAUAAUAUCCAACAAUAAACUUCAGUCACUUACAGAUGACCUCCGCCUCCUGCCUGCACUCACUGUUCUUGAUAUACAUGACAAUCAGCUGACGUCUCUUCCUUCUGCUAUAAGAGAAUUAGAAAAUCUUCAGAAACUUAAUGUCAGCCAUAACAAACUGAAAAUACUCCCUGAAGAAAUUACGUAUCUAAGAAACCUGAAGGGCCUGUAUCUCCAGCAUAAUGAACUAACUUGCAUACCCGAGGGAUUUGAACAACUUCUCAAUUUAGAAGAUUUGGAUCUUUCAAAUAAUCAUCUCACAACUGUUCCUGCUAGUUUUUCUUCUCUCUCCAACCUGGUGCGACUCAAUCUUUCCAGUAAUCAACUGAAGAAUUUGCCAGCAGAAAUAAGUGGAAUGAAAAGAUUAAAGCACUUGGAUUGUAAUUCAAAUCUUUUGGAAACUGUACCUCCUGAAUUGGCUGGCAUGGAAUCACUAGAAUUGCUUUAUUUGCAGAGGAAUAAAUUACGUUUUUUACCAGAAUUUCCUUCUUGUAAAUUAUUAAAGGAAUUACAUGUAGGUGAAAACCAAAUUGAAAUGUUAGGGGCAGAACAUCUUAAGCAUCUGAAUUCUAUCCUUGUGCUAGACCUGCGGGAUAACAAGUUAAAAUCUGUCCCAGAUGAGAUUACUCUACUACGGUCAUUGGAAAGGCUUGACCUAAGCAACAAUGAUAUUAGUAGUCUGCCCUACUCAUUGGGAAAACUUCAUUUGAAAUUCCUGGCACUAGAAGGAAAUCCUAUGAGAACCAUUCGAAGAGAAAUAAUAAAUAAAGGAACCCAAGAAGUCUUAAAAUACCUACGAAGCAAGAUUAAAGAUGAUGGACCUGGCCAAAGUGACUCUGUUACUGAGACUGCCAUGACACUACCGAGUGAAUCCAGGAUCAAUGUACACGCCAUCAUCACGUUAAAAAUGUUAGACUAUAGUGAUAAACAAACAACCUUGAUUCCUGAUGAAGUGUUUGAUGCAGUAAAAAGCAACAUUAUAACUUCUAUUAACUUCAGUAAGAAUCAGCUAUGUGAAAUUCCGAAAAGGAUUUUGGAACUGAAGGAAAUGGUUUCUGAUGUCAAUCUCAGUUUUAAUAAGCUUUCCUUUAUAUCCUUGGAAUUAUGUAUGCUUCAAAAAUUGACAUUUUUAGAUCUCAGAAACAAUUUUUUAAAUUCUUUGCCUGAAGAAAUGGAGUCAUUGAUAAGACUACAAACAAUCAAUCUUUCCUUUAAUAGGUUCAAAAUACUACCUGAAGUUCUGUAUCGCAUUACCACACUUGAAACAAUUUUGAUUAGUAAUAAUCAGGUUGGAUCCGUGGACCCUGAAAAAUUGAAGACAAUGGAAAAUCUGAUCACACUGGACCUUCAAAAUAAUGACCUCCUACAAAUUCCACCAGAGCUUGGUAAUUGUGUGAACUUAAGAACAUUACUGCUAGAUGGAAAUCCAUUCCGCGUUCCUCGAGCAGCCAUAUUAAUGAAAGGAACAGCUGCUGUUCUGGAGUAUUUGAGAGACCGAAUUCCUACUUAAAUUGGAGUUGUUUUAUAAUUUCGAAUUCUUACACUGAUAGUUAACAUUUUUCUAAGGUGUUGUGUACAUUUGUAAGGGUGAUAACAUGUAUAGUGUACAUACAUACAUUCUGAAUGUUUUGCACAAGGUUUAUCGUACUCAUUGUCAUUCCCUUAUAACACAGAAGACAGUCUCUUCAGAAGUGAAUUUUUAUUUAAUGUAGUGUAAUAUUUUGAUGACAAAGCAUUUUUGUGGAAGUGAUUUUUUCCCCCAAUUCUGUUUGUGUUACAUAUAAUGUGACCCACUGACUUGAGUAUGACCAUCCAAUUUUGAUUUUUUUAUUUGAUAUAAAAUUGACUUGAAUUUGUUCUUUCACAUUAAAAAAAUCAGACUUUACAUUAUCAAUGAUAGGACUUUUGUGAUGUAGUUGGGUUCAGCAUAAGUUUUAAAAUAGCAUUCACUGUGGUGUUUUUGUUUUAAUCUAGUCGAAAUGUUUCUAUCCUUUACCCCAUGUUUUAUGAAAUCAUUUAGUCAUGGUUUUUAAUGUCACAGAAAUGCUACACCAAAUAUAGUUAUUGGUGGAGAAAAUAAUAAAAGGGUUGUUACAAUUACUCUCACAAUUUUGAAUUUAAAACUUGACAGGGUUUUUUAAAUGAUGUCUUUGUAGUAGGUUUCCAUACAAUAAUCUGGUACUUCUAGAUUCAAGAUGUUUAAAGAGACUGGAUUUGCAUAUUUUUCCCUAAGUGGUAUCAGUGUAAAAAUACUUUUUGUUCUUUUUAUUAGGAAGUACUGAAGACCUGAUUUUAUUAAUUCUAUAGAUAUUAGCAACAGAACAUAACUAAUAAUGUAUACUGCAUAGAUAUCUUGAAAUGUACUUUGCUUAAAUACUAAGCAGCUAUUUGUAUACAUCAUCUACUCUGAUGGUGUGUUGUAAUCCACCCUUUGCAUUUUUUAAAAAAUUCCAGGGCCUUAAUUUUAACAUUUGCUUGUAAUCUUCAUAAGACUAAACUUGUAGUCAUGCAGUAAUUUUGUAAAAGGGAAGUUGUUAUAGGUGAACUUCAUUUAAUAAAUAUCAAAUAUAAACAUUUUUAUUUACACCAGAAACACGAGAAGUAGGCUAGGCUGAUCAGUCAUUAUAAAAUUUACCAUGUGGUUCAAUUAAGUAGCCAAUCAAUAGAAUGUGUAUUAAUUUACAUAGAUAGAUGGGUAGAUGGCUAGAUAGUUAGACAGACAGACAGAUACCUUUUGGAUGAUUGAGGCAUGCUCAUAUUAUGAAAAAAUCAUUGCUAAUAAAGAUAAAUAGUACAUAUUCAUAGUAAAAGUUACAUUUUCAAAUAUUAAUUACAAUGUCUGUUUUUUGUUUAAAACAAACAUGCUUUUUUCAGAUUACAUUUCUGGUUGACUAAGAAAAAUCUUGCUUUGACAUUAAACAAAAGACACUUUACAGUAAGGUGACAUUUUAUUAUUUAUACAAUAAAGAGACUUUUAUGUUAUUCAAAACAUGUUUUUUAAGUACUGAAAAAGUUGAGUACACCAAAGCCGAAAAAUGGCCCUGCUAUACACUGCACAGCAUUAUUAUAGUCCCUGUAUUUUGUAUCUGUACAGAAAGCAUCUUCAAAAUGCAUUCUAAUCACAUUGUACACCUUUAUAGGUUAGUGUCAAUACAUAAAAUAAAACUGGAGGAUACAGCUAGCAUUUGCGAAUUAACUGACAAUUUCACUGAUUCAGUAAAUUUAAAAUAUACAUUCAGAGGACUUCUUUGCACAUAAAAUAAAGCAGCUUUUCAAGGUUGUUAUGGUCUCAUACUGCGAAAAAACCAUUAAGUACAUUCACAAUCUAUGUUAAUAAAGUAGUAAAUAUGUCUCCAUUCAAUUUUAUUUACAUCAAUAUGUAGUUCAACUAAAAAGUACUGUUAAUUGUGAUAUAGCAGUUUUCACACAUACAAAAAUGACAAUUUUUAUAUAUAAUUUAAGCUCAAAAUCACAAUUAUCUCAAAAUAUUAAUUACAAUACAGCCAUUUCAAUUAAACAUGUUGUGAUUUAAUUUUUUUAUAAAAUGGUAAAAUUUUUAUUAAAGUAAGCAAUUAGUUUUGAAUUGGCAAGAGUUCACCCAUGUAGAAAACCUUAAAUGUUAAGAGGUGUUUCCUGCCCCCUCCUGCUUGAAUUUGUAUACUGCCACCUAGGCUAGCAAAGAGACAGAAAAGGCCCCAAUUUAUAAAGAUUUAGCCUCUUUUGCUAUACUGCUGUGGCUUGUUUCUUCCAUAAAAGCUUUACAAGGGGAGUGUCAAUAAACUAUGCAGUGAAAUGCAUGCAUUAAUAUACAAUAUGUCUAUGUAAAAUGUGAGCAUUUACUAGUGCACAUUAAAGUGUCCACAAAGACUGAAAAAGAA